GCGUUGAGGCGGGCGGCCGCGGGGCAGGUCCCGUCCCCUCCUCUCCCUCACUUCGCCUCGCGCUCCGCGGGGGGGGGGGCGUCGCGCCCCCCGGCCCCCCUCCCGGCCCCCUCUCCCUUCCGUCGCCAUGGCCCUCAGCAAGUCCAUGCACGCACGAAACCGCUACAAGGACAAACCGCCCGACUUCGCCUACCUGGCCUCCAAGUACCCCGAGUUCCGGCAGCACGUGCAGGCCACCCUGUCCGGCAGGGUGAGCCUAAACUUCAAGGACCCCGAAGCGGUGAGGGCUCUGACGUGCACCCUCCUGAAAGAAGAUUUUGGACUUACAAUCGACAUCCCCUUGGAAAGGCUUAUUCCUACGGUUCCUUUGCGACUGAAUUAUAUCCAUUGGGUGGAAGAUCUUAUCGGCCAUCAGGAGGUCGAUAAGCAAGUUCUUAGACGGGGAAUUGACAUAGGGACAGGGGCAUCUUGCAUAUACCCAUUACUUGGGGCAACUUUGAAUGGCUGGUACUUUCUUGCAACAGAAGUGGAUGAUAUGUGCUUCAAUUAUGCCAAGAAGAACGUGGAACAGAAUAACUUGUCUGAUCUUAUAAAAGUGGUUAAGGUACCACAGAAGACUCUUCUAAUGGACGCACUGAAAGAAGAAUCUGAGAUUGUUUAUGAUUUUUGCAUGUGCAACCCUCCCUUUUUUGCCAACCAAUUGGAAGCGAAGGGAGUAAAUUCUCGAAAUCCACGGCGACCUCCUCCCAGUUCUGUAAAUACAGGAGGAAUCACAGAAAUCAUGGCUGAGGGAGGAGAACUAGAAUUUGUCAAAAGAAUUAUCCAUGAUAGUCUACAACUUAAAAAGAGGUUACGAUGGUACAGCUGCAUGCUGGGGAAGAAAUGCAGUUUAGCACCAUUGAAAGAGGAACUUCGAAUCCAGGGGGUUCCUAAAGUUACCCAUACUGAAUUCUGUCAAGGGCGUACCAUGAGAUGGGCACUGGCAUGGAGUUUCUAUGAUGAUGUACAAGUGCCUUCGCCUCCCUCUAAAAGAAGAAAACUAGAAAAACCCCGAAAACCAAUUACAUUCAUGGUCUUGGCUUCUACAGUCAAAGAGUUAUCAGUCAAAGCUACAGCUGUGGGCUGGGAUGCUGUAGGUGCCAUUGCUGUGGUUAGAGCCUGGGUAGAGAAGAUUCUUGAUGAUCUAAAGGUUCAACAUAAGCGUGUUCCUUGUGGGAAAGAUGAAGUUAGCCUGUUUCUGACUGCAAUCGAAAACUCCUGGGUUCAUCUGAGGCGAAAGAAACGAGAGAGAGUAAGGCAAUUACGAGAACUUCCUCGAGCUUCUGAAGAUGUUCUGCAAGCAAUGGAAGAGGAGAAAAACAGCCAGAAAAGUAUGAGCAGCAAUCUAGACUGUGAAAAAUCCAAGACUGAGGACUCUGAAAUGGGGUUAAUGGCACCUGAUGAGGAUGUCCACUUGACUGCAGGUGACAAGCCAAUGGAAGAAUCUGCUGCCAAAGAAGAACACAAUGAGCAUGUGGAGGAGGAGGAGGAUGUAGAAGCAAAUCAGGCAGAAAUGUCACAUAGUAAAGGUUCCAGUAAUGUGAAGGAGGAAUCUGACCCUUCAGAGGAAGCUAGCAAUCUAACAAUUGAAAAAGGACAAAGUCCCAAAGAAACUAGUAGAUGCUUUCUCUUUAAGUGUUUAAUGAAUGUGAAGAAAGAAAAAAAUGAUGCAUUAGUAGAAAUGCACUGGGUUGAAGGGCAGAACAGAGACUUGAUGAACCAGCUGUGCACAUACUUACGGAACCAGAUUCUUCGACUGGUUGCUAGUUAGCCCUUUUUCCUACCGUAGUAAAAUAGACCAGACCCCAAAUUUUUUAAGCUAUUUUUAACUGACUAAAACUUUCAGCUAGCACAAGCUGUUUUCCAUUUUUUUUCCUUUAAAAACUAUAGUAAAAUAGAGAUUAAAGUCCUCUUUUGUAUUUUAAAUAGCUUUUUUUAAAACUGCAUGGAGUACAUUGAACAUGAACUGAUGGGAAAGUAAUAGAUGCUGCGUUCCAGUUAAAUGCAUUUAUUCUGUGACUAUUUUAAAUAGCAACUGCUCAUUCUGGUCUUCCUGGUGCAAUAGAGUAUUGUUCCUAAGUAGACUAAUCAUUUCCUGCAUUAGUACUGAAGAAAAUGUUUCAGGAAACAUUUCUAUCUUGUGAAUUGUCUUCUGCAUCUAGCAGUCCUCAGUUUAGGAAUUAAGUAUGCCUCCCUUUGCUUUUUAACCUUUGCAUUUAACCUUUGAUGUACAAAGUGAAAGAUGGAUACCUCCUCUAAGUGUCGAUUAAUUAAAAUAAUCACUUUAGAAAUAACUUUUUUUGUACUUUUCUGGUGCUUUGGCUUUGAAGCACAGAUGCGCCUACUGUUAUUGAGCAUCUGUUUUCAUAAUAUAGUUUUAAGAAAGAAAUACAUUCUUUGAGCUGUUUGGGUUUAGAGCUGUUUUUAGAAAUUAAUUAUGUUGUCUGUUCCAUUAGGCUCUUCCUUAAACCUUUCCAUUAGGCCUUUCCUUAAACCUGUGCAAAUAUACUGCUAUAGUUUCAGACAAUUACUCUUAAAGGAUUUUGCUUCCAUUUAAUCUUAAGAUUGCUUUAAUGGCAGGGAUGAGAGUACGUCCUCAUCUUUCUGUAGACCAGAAAUUGCUUGUGCAGGACGAAUAUGGGUAGAGAUGCUUUAGGUUAUUAUGAAGAAAGAUGACUGGAAAGAAGGCUGUUGCUUUCACGUAUGACUCUGAUCUUCUCUGUCACCAGUUACAUUCUCAGAGUUUCCUGGGCCAAUGAUCUCUUUCCUGUGAGAAGAGAGGUCGAGGGACAUAAAUCUUUGGGGUUUUUCAGAGGGAAUUUGUCUGUGUGUGUUUGAGACUAUGAGCACUGGUACUACAUCAAAUAGAGCUGGCUCCCAAGCUGUGAUCCAUUUCUUUUGAGAUCUACAGAACAUGAAGGGAAAAUACUUCUUGCUCAUGUCUUUUUGGUUUCUUUCAGUGGAUUGUUUGUCUGUGUGUAGACUUCUGCACUGGCUUUUCUUGAGGAACUGUGUUGCCUAUGUUGUUUGCAUGAUCCUGUUGUGGGAUGUAGGUGUGCGAUACCCAAAAUAAAAGAUACACUCCUGAUGGACAGAAGCAAAUACUACAUUUGUUUGUGCUCCUGGAACCACUUUGAAUUACUCAGCCAGACUUACCAGUGCUUCUGGAAAUAUUAGUAUGUUCUUUUUUUUCUCAUAUUGUAAUGAAAAAUAAAUCAGAAAAGCUUUAUUUUUUUCCUGUAUUGUAGACCUGCAUUGUGUAUCAUGCUUUUUAGCAGUUCUCUUGAAGAUGAUGGACAAAGGCUUGUAUGUGGCUAGAACUAAUGAGUUGUGCUUUGCUUAAAACCACAGAAUUUGCACAGGGCUGUUUCCGUUAUUCGUAGAAUACUGUGGAGAAGUGAAACUUAAUGUUAGCGAGGACAUAGUCCUACGCUUUUAGAAUCUGAAGAGAUUUUUUUUUUUUAACUUACU